CCACUUAUUGUAUUAUUUUCAUUUCUGAUGCUGUGGUGGAUGUCUUAUAUUGUCAUAUACUCAUUCACUUUAUUAUUCGCUAUUCUCCUGCAGUUUAAUGGCACAGACGCCUGUCAGCCUGAGGGUCACACUUCCCGGGAAGCAGAAUUUUGUUGGCGGAUCUGGAUUUGUUCAAGUACUUCAGACCCAGGCGCGUUCAGAUGCUCAAAAUGUUGAACAAAGGUCACAGAAUAUGAAGACGAUAACAACUAUUCGUCCAUUUGUCCCAGCAGUCUCUGGUAUGGCCAUAAACACUAAUACUGCUGUACAGUAUGUGAGAAAUACUGCAGAAAUACCAGUCCUCGGUGCUCCUGGCGCUUUUGUUGCGGCUCCAAUGAAUCGAACGUUCACUCCGUUUGUUAAUCCAGUCAUGAAUUUAAAUCCUGGCUUGAUUACUUCUCUUCCUGGUGGCCCUGUAGGCGGACAGGGGCAAUUAGGUAAUGCCCUCUCCAGCCUAGCGAAUUCACGCAAACCUUGUAAUUGCACGAAGUCACACUGCCUUAAAUUGUACUGUGAGUGCUUUGCACAAGGCCAACUUUGUCAGAAUUGUAAUUGCCACAACUGCAUGAAUAACCUAGCCUAUGAAGAAGAACGGGGGAGAGCUAUUAAGAUGACUUUGGAACGAAACCCUACUGCAUUUCAUCCGAAAAUUGGUCGUGGCGAAGGCGAAAGAAAGCAUACUAAAGGAUGUAACUGCAAGCGUUCAGGGUGUUUGAAAAACUAUUGUGAAUGUUAUGAAGCAAAGAUAAGCUGCUCAGACCUGUGUCGCUGUCAAGGUUGUCGCAAUACCGAGGAUAGCGUAGAAAGGCGCUCCCUUAUGCGUUUGGCUGCAAUGGGAGUCUUGAGGUCAAGACAGCCUUCUUCCUUCAAAAAACACUUACUAAAACCUGUAUCGGAAACGUUGGCGCACGUAUUCUUCACUUGGGAAGUGAUUGACGCAACAGCUACUUGUUUAAUGGCCCAGGCUGAAGAAAUUGAUCGUCGUGAUGUACCUCCAGCGGCAAAUGAGCGAAUGCUUUUGGAAGAAUUUGGACGCCUUAUUGAUCGUGUGAUGGAAGUGUCUGUCAAAGUUCAUCCAUCGAGUGGCAUCCACACCUCGGCUUCGAUCGACGAUAAUGAACAAGGUCUGACACAUAGUGGGGGGUCAACUGGUCCUGGAAGUCUAGGUGGUAAGGGUAGUGGAGCAGUUGGAGUAGCAGCUGCCACGGCUGCUGCCGCAGAUGUUCUACAGGAUGACGAAGAUGAUGAGGAUGAAAUGAUGAAUGAGAUGGAUGUAGAUGAUGCCGACGAUAUGGAGGAUGAAAUGUACGACCUUGUCGGAGAACCAACACUUUCACGUCACCAACAUUCCCGAUCACACCUUGCACGCCGUCAUCGAUCUGCGCACCUUGUUUCUGAUUUUGAUGACGACAUAAUGAGCGAUGAAGACCCUGUAGAUAGGGUUCAUGGUGUACCUCCUACUGUUAGACAAGGAAUUAUUUCACACAGAUAUCAGGAAACGCAUUCACGACGGUUGCAACAAACAAGUGAUAAUAAAUACACGUCACAUCAUACUCGGCGGAGUUUCAGUAACCGCAAUCAUCGUCACCACGACCCUGACUCGAUAAUAUAAUUACUUGGUCUAACUUUGAAUUUAUGACACUUAUAUAAAGACUUCAUUAACAUCAAAUAACUACAAUUUUAAUUGUGCUCACCCCUCCGUAAUUUGUGACCGUGGGCUGUAUUUCUUAUUUUUACCUAUCUCAAGCAUCAUUUUUACCCCCUAUUUUCAUUUGAUUGUAAUUUGAUUUUAUUCAUUUAUAUUUUACAAUCAGUAAUAUCUCUUAUUUUCAUUUGAUGGUAAUUUUUAUGUACUCCUUAUCUAUGUUUCAUAAUCGUCGGUUUUAUUCUAUAUUUUUAUUCGAUUGCAGUCA